GCUAGUCACUAGACUUCCCCUCAACCAAGAAGGGUGACAACUCAACUUCACCACAUACACACUCUCACACUCUCUUUCUGCGAUUAUCAUCUGUCAGGCCGUGUGUGUGUGUGUCGAGGUCAUGUGGAGGAAGGCCGUGCUGGUGGCGCUGUUGGCGUUGGGGAUGGGGUAUCUGUACCACACUGACCCGGAGCUGCCGGCCCGCGUGCUGAACUACGUCAGCGAAUCCCUGCCGCAGAUGGAGCCGAGUGGCGGCUCAGAGCCCCGCCCCCCGACGCUAGAGGAGACCGUCGCACACGCCUGGCAGACCCUCAUCAUGGCUCCGGCCCGACGCUGGGCGAGAGUAGCAGUGGGGGUGAAUGCCUGUGUGGAUGUGGUGGUGUCCGGGGUGGGGCUGCUGCAGGCGCUCGCUCUCGAACCCGGAUCCGGCAGAGACCACAAGGUGCUACACAGCAAAGAGGACCUGAAAGAGGCCUUCAUCCACUACAUGGGGAAGGGUGCCGCCGCAGAGCGCUUCUUCUCAGAUAAGGAGGUUUUUCAAAGGAUCGCACGGGCGGCUGCAGAAUAUCCCGGCGCUCAGCUUUAUGUGGGUGGAAAUGCUGCUCUUAUUGGCCAGAAACUGGCGUCUAACCCAGAACUUGUAGUCCUCUUAUGUGGUCCGGUGGGGCCAAAGCUUCAUGAUAUGCUGGAUGAACAGAUCAUAGUCCCACCAGAAUCUCUGCAGGAGAUGGAUGAGUUCCACCUCAUCCUGGAGUACAAGUCAGGUGAACAGUGGGGUUCCUCAAGAGCUCCUCAGGCUAACCGCUUUAUCCUGUCCCAUGACGUGUCCAACGGUGAAAUGAGCACGCUGGAGACAUUUGUGGCCAGUCUGGAGGAGUUCCAGCCGGAUCUGGUGGUUCUGUCCGGACUGCAUAUGAUGGAAGGAAUGGGCCGGGAUCUUUGGGAGGAACGACUGAAAGAGGCGGUGGUUGCCAUCUCAGACGUGAGGAACGAGGUGCCCAUCCACCUUGAGCUGGCCAGUAUGACAGACAGAGACUACAUGAACCGGAUCCUGCAGGAGCAGGUCUUGCCCAUCAUGAACUCCAUUGGUCUGAACGAACAGGAGCUGCUGUUUUUAACUCAGUCUGGAGGUGGACCUCACGCUGACCUUGCUUCCUGGGAUGGCAUACCCGACGUGGGCCACGUCAGCGACAUCCUGCUCUGGGUCCUGGAGCAGCACGGCCGGGCGGACCCAGAAUCCGAAGCCGACCUGACCCGGAUCCACUUCCACACGCUAGCAUACCACAUCCUGGCUACGGUGGACGGCCACUGGGGAAACCAGGAGGCGGCGGUGGCCGCGGGCGCACGUGUGGCCAGCAGUCAAGCCUGCGGCCUGCAAGCGGUGGAUGUUACGAAGGUGGUCCUCAAGGCACCGCUGAACUUCAACAGCUCCUUCUCAGAGCCGAGGGAGAGCCUAACGGUGGACCCGACCCGACCGGUCACCGUGUGGCGCAGAGGGAACGUUUCGUUCCAUCUCACGCCGGUCCUGGUGUGCAAACAGCCUCUUAGGACUGUGGGAUUGGGCGACGCCAUUUCCGCCGAAGGACUUCUGUUUUCAGAGGUCACGCCUCGGCCUGAGCUCUAAGAGACGCCUCUCGUCCAUGCUUUUGAAGAUACGUCCUCGUCAUUAGAUCCUAAAGCUGCAGAAACUCAACAGACUCACGGGGCAUCAAACGACAGGAUGUUUUUCAGAGCAAAACCAGUUCGAGAUGCAGGGCACUGUCCUUUUGUUGUUGCUACUUUUGUCUAAAAUCACAUUGUGAAAGACGGCACUGAACGUAACGACGUGAGCCAGCCUCCGCCAUUUUUUUUUUAAGGUUCAUUUAACCAAAAAUGAACGUUCGGUCAUCAUUCGCUCGCCUUUAAACCUAAACGACCUUCUUUAUUACUACAUAAGAAAUAGUCCAGAAGUCUAAGUCAGAUAGUUUUUCGGUGAGUAAAUGAUGACAGAAUUUUUAUUUUUGGAAGAACUACUAACUUUUUUAAAAACUAUAAUAAAAGGAGAUCAUACUCUGGUUAACAGGUGAACAAGACCUGCGGCUGCUAUUGGGACGAAUGAAAGUGAACGAGAGAAUGAUUUUAGAGUCUUAAACGUCCCAAAUCUCCAUUGUAUUCCCAAACACUCCUUUAUUUGGUUUUGAACGUUAAUAAGUAGCAGAACCGGAAGGCCAUCAGGUUUAUCCAGCGAUGUGCUUUUUUCUUAAUCUGAGUAACGUAAAGUUCUUAUGGAAGCAUGUUUCUGCCACUGAAUAAAAAAAUAAAAAGGUAAUUGCGAAUAUUUCAUCUCGCAAUUCUGAC